AUGUCUGGAGAGAGGGAAACAAAGGUGGAGCUAAUCAGCCCAAAAACUUCUCAGAUCGGCACGCGUCACGAGAUUUAUAAUUUUGAUUUUUUUUUGCUUUUAAAAGAAAAAGAGGAAGAGGAUGCAGCAGAAGAUGCUACUUUUGCAUCACUUGGUGUACAUGCUCAAAUAUGCGAAGCAUGCGAAUCGAUGGGAUUCAAAAAGCCUACCACAAUUCAACAACAAUCAAUUCCAGAAGCUUUGACAGGAAGAGAUGUGAUUGGAUUGGCACAAACGGGAAGUGGUAAAACGGCUGCGUUUGGAAUUCCAAUCUUACAAGCUUUAUGGGACGAUCCAAAACCAUUCUUUGCUUGUAUUUUAGCACCUACUCGUGAGUUGGCUUAUCAAAUUACACAACAGCUGGAAGCUUUGGGAUCAACUAUUGGCGUUCGAUGUGCAACAAUUGUGGGUGGAAUGGAUAUGAUGUCACAAUCAAUCGCUUUGGGCAAACGACCUCAUAUCAUCGUUGCAACACCAGGAAGAUUGCAAGAUCAUUUGGAAAAUACUAAAGGGUUCUCCCUUCGUGGCUUACAGUACCUGGUUAUGGACGAAGCUGAUCGACUUUUGGAUAUGGACUUUGGACCGAUCAUCGAUAAGCUAUUGCAAUCAAUCCCUCGUGAUCGCAGAACUAUGUUGUUCAGCGCAACAAUGACGACAAAAGUGGCGAAAUUGCAAAGAGCAAGUCUGCGCAAUCCAGUACGUGUGGAAGUUGGUACAAAGUACUCGACCGUAUCCACUUUAUCACAACAUUACAUCUUUUGUCCAUUUGCACAAAAAGAUCCAAACCUAGUCUCGGUGGUGAAUGAGCAAACGGGCUCUUCAAUUUUAAUCUUCACACGUACUGUUCAUGAUGCUUCUCGAAUCGCAAUCAUGCUACGAAUGCUUGGAUUUUCGGCUAUUCCACUACAUGGUCAAAUGUCACAAAGUGCUCGUUUAGGUGCAUUGGGCAAAUUCAAAGCUGGAGGAAGAAAUAUUCUCAUUGCAACUGAUGUGGCUUCUCGUGGUUUGGAUAUUCCAGCGGUUGAUUUGGUGAUCAACUUUGACAUCCCAACGCAUAGUAAAGAUUAUAUUCAUCGAGUUGGUAGAACGGCAAGAGCAGGAAGAAGUGGAAGAAGUGUGACAAUCGUAACACAGUAUGACGUUGAACUAUUGCAAAGGAUUGAGCAUGUGAUCGGAAAGAAGCUUACAGAAUUUCCAGGAUACGAUCGAGAUGCAGUUCGAUUGUUAGAAGAGCGUGUUGGACAAGCAUCACGGGAAGCAACGAGAGAGAUGCGUGAAACAGGAGGGCGUGGUAGAGCGGGAGAUUUAGGAGGAGCAAGAAAGAAACGAAAAGGUGAUGAUAUGGAUAGAGAUGAUGAUGUUGUUGAAGCAGGAAUGCCUAAUCAACGUAGAAUGAAGAGUGGCCAAAGUAGAGGCGGAGGUGGUAAAUUUGGCAAGAGGCCGAACAGAGGUCGUCGCUGAAGUGUGAUUACACUACUAUUGUAUUUUAGCAUCAAAUUUACUCCCAAUAUUUAUAUAAUCAAUGUGUUGACUUCUC